UCAUUCCUCUCAACGCUGAGGUGUCACACGCUAAACUCUCCGGUCACAGUUGACAGCAAUGGAGUUUAGACCGAGCAGAGCUAGAGGAGGCAGCUGGAAAAGAGGUGGACGGGGUGGAAACGACAGCGACAGUUUUGGCGGUGAACACCGGGGCAGAGGCAGAGGAGGCCACCACCGCGGCCGGGGUAAAAGAGACCACUACCGCGGGCGUGGACGCGGGGGAGGCGCCCCUGCCCCGUUCCAUCACCGGGAUCAAGAUGAAGGAGACAACCUUCAGGAGGAAGAUGACAGGAUGGAGGUUUUCUCCAGGAGGAAACUGGAGUCAAACUGGGACCGUUAUAAGGAUUCAGAGAGGCAGGAGCCUGAAGACGACAUGCCCACUCAGAGAGGAGCAGACUACCACGUCCUGCUGGAGUCAGCAGGAGAUUCCUUCACUCAAUUCCGGUUUUCAGAGGAAAAGGACUGGGAGAUGGACUCAUUUACAGCCAGUCAGAUGUCUGCAGUGUUUGUAGACCUCCCAGCACUCGCCCAGAGCCUCCAACAAGUGCCUCUCCACCAGAGACUCAACCUGGAGGCCGAGCUGGUUCAGGUCUCGACACCUGUAGAGCUGCCGUCUAUGACUCUCGCGCCUAAACAGGAGAUACCCAAAACAGCCACGUUGACUCCUCCGCCUGCAGCUUUAAAAGUACUCAACAUCAACCAGAAAGUCCUCACGGCUCCAAAACCUGCAUUGGUCCCAGACUCACAGGUUUCCUCGAGCGCUGCAGAGCCGCUGGUGGACGAUGUCAAUGAAGAGCUGGACCAGCUGCUCAGUUUACAGAAACCAGUCUUGGGUGUUUCAGGAAGCCAGUCUGAGAGUGUCGCAGACGAGGAGAGUGCAGUUCCAGAGAAAGCGUGUGAGGAAGUGAAGGAGGUGGUACUGGAGGUGAUUGGAGAGAAGAUGGAGGAGGUGAAAGACAAAGACGUCACACCUCCCAAGUCCGCUUCCGUCAGGAAGGAAGUGACAGAGGAGGACCUGGAGGACUGGCUCGACAGCAUGAUCUCCUGACCAUCAGCCACCAAGGAAAGGCUUGAUUAAAGACACAAGACUUCUAUAUAAUGGAAACUGGACUUUGAGUUCCCUACUUCAACUUCCGUCCUUUAAAAAUUUAAUCUGAACUGUGAAACAUUCGACCUGAAAGCCGAUUGCAAAGUUUACAUGCUGGACAGACGUAAAAAGGACUCGAUAGUUUUCUUUCAGGUUGGCCUCCACUUUUUUUGCUUAUUAAAAAAAUGGUGGUCAAGUUACUUUAGAGGUGUAGAGACGGGACAGUACGUCUCGAACGUUUGUGAGAAUGUGUCAUGAUGUUCCCUCUGCACUUCAUGUUUCAGAGAAAUGAUUCUCUGUUCUUUGUGAGACUGUGAAAGUUACACACCACAGGAGUGUCGCCAUCAGAGGGAUCCUCAGCUGCCGAAAAGGGAUGGACAACACGUUUGAUUUAUUGCGUCAAUUACUUUAUUCAUUUCCUCCCCCUCAUCAAAAGAAAUGCGGUUUACCAAAGCUACUACAUACAUAUAAAUGGCCAUACAAUAGCAGUUUGUCGUCAAUAAAUCCUUGAACCAA